UCGAGUAAACGACAGAUCGAGUUAGGAAAGGACUUUCAGAUGGCGUCACCGGUUAUAUCCAGAAUCGAGUAAACGACAGAUCGAGUUAGGAAAGGACUAGCAACACAUACCAAUUCCGACUGAAUGGUGCAAAUACAACAUGUAUUUAGAACGGCGGAGCCUGAUCCAACUGCAGACAGUACUUACUGAUCUAUGCCUUCAAACUUAGAUUGACAGAUGAAAGGUCUAGUGACGAUAAAACACUCGCACGUGCCGAUGAGAGCAUAUAAAGUCCCUGAGGAACAGGCAAAGGCUGAGGAAAUGCAGAUGUUCACAGAGAUGUAUCAUGAAUGGAAAGGAACAGAUAACAAUCAUCAUCAUGUCAAACUUCCACGGCUAUAUGAUAAACUGCCAUCAGAAGAGGAACCUCUCCUGUUGAAGUUGAGAGAGGAAUCGAGAGCUGUGUUCUUGCAGAGGAGAAGUCGAGAGCUACUUGAUAAUGACGAGUUACAGCGUCUUUGGUUUUUACUGGACCAGUAUCAUACACCACCACUGGUAGGGGAAGACCAGAUGAUCAACUUCGAGGACUUUCAGAAAGUAGCUUCAGAGGCUGGUCCUAAAUGCCAGCAGUUCUUCAAAUCCAGUGUGUUCACUAAGUUACUACAAACAGACCCAUAUGGUCGGAUAUCCAUAAUGCAGUUCUUCAAUUACGUGAUGCGCAAAGUGUGGUUACACCAGACUCGUAUAGGACUGUCUCUGUACGAUGUAGCUGGACAAGGAUACCUCAAAGAAUCAGAUUUAGAAAACUACAUUUUAGAACUCAUCCCCACCCUCCCACAGUUGAAUGGAUUAGAGAAGUCAUUUUACUCAUUCUAUGUGUGUACAGCAGUUCGGAAGUUCUUCUUCUUUCUAGAUCCAAUGAGAAAAGGGAAAAUCAAAAUCCAGGAUAUACUAGCAUGUAGUUUUCUAGAUGAUUUGUUAGAACUCAGGGAUGAAGAUUUGUCAAAAGAGAUGCAGGAGUCCAACUGGUUUUCAGCUCCAUCAGCUCUUAGGGUGUAUGGGCAAUAUCUUAAUCUAGAUAAAGAUCAUAAUGGAAUGUUGAGUAAAGAGGAACUUGCCAGGUAUGGUACAGGUACAUUAACAGAUGUGUUUCUAGAUAGAGUGUUCCAAGAAUGCCUCACAUAUGAAGGGGAAAUGGAUUAUAAAACAUACCUGGACUUUGUGUUAGCACUGGAAAACCGGAAAGAACCAGAAGCUUUACGCUACUUGUUUCGUAUACUUGAUGUUCAACAACGUGGCCACCUUAAUGUUUUCUCUCUUAACUACUUCUUCAGGGGUGUCAUCAAAAAAUACGCCGCCGAGAUACCUGCAAUACAAGAACAGAUGAGACUGCAUGGCCAGGAACCGGUGUCUUUUCAAGAUGUCAAAGAUGAGAUAUUUGAUAUGGUCAAACCUUCUGAUCCACUAAGAAUUACUCUGGAUGAUUUAGUCAAUUGUGGAAAAGGUGACACAGUUGUCAGUAUACUGAUAGAUCUGAAUGACUUCUGGACAUACGAGAACAGAGAAUAUCUAGUCCCAGAAACCACAGAUGAAGGCGAAAUAUAAUCAACUUGCAUCAUCAUACAUUGUUAUGUCAUGGCAGACAUAGAAAGUUUGAUAACAUUUUAGAAUUCAACACAAAAAUACUGGAAAAUGUUUUUUUUUUCCAUAUGGAUUUAGUUACCUGCUUAAGGGACCGAUCAGCAUAAAUGAUAUUUUUGUAUCUUAUGUUUGCUAUUAAUACAUAUGUCAUAUGCAAUGUUCUCAGAAGGAAGUUUGUUCUAAAAGUUUGAUUUUACUUUUUGUCAUAAACUGAAUGAUUACAAAAUUUGAAUUGAAAUAAAUGACUUAGAAUUUUACUGAUAAAGUAUGAUGAAAUUAAUGAUUGAGGUAAAUAUUUAUGAAAAAUACAGUAUUCCAUUUUAGAAUUAUAGUAAACACAACCUUUGACUUCAUUUCCAUGUAGAAGGUAGUAUUUAGAUAUCAUGAUUAAACCUAGUCCUGUUAUGUCACCAUUUAUAUGCAAAUAAGGGAAGGUCAUGGUUGAAAGAUACCUUUCUUUCGUAAAUUUAGAAAUUAGAUAUUUUUGCUAAAAUUUGGAAAGAAAACUCAGAUAUUGCUGACCAGAUCUUAUUGUCUAUUCAUUACAUUAACAAGCCUAAAAUUUGAAGCAAUUAAAUAAUGGACUUUGGAACACAUGAAUUUGGUUACAAGAUCUUUUUACUGCAACAUGUGAUUACAGUUUUGCUGAAAAUGAAGUUUGAUAAUGGCAAAUGUUAUAUAAUAUGUCUAUAUCUAUGGAAAUGUUAACAAUUUGUUGGACUCCUAAGAUUAUUAUUAUUAAUGAGAUCAAGUGAUGUCCUUUAUAUUUUAUGAAGAUACAAAUUACAGAGUUUGUUAAGAUUGUAAUUUGUAUCAUCAUUAAUGUAACAAUGACAUAUGUAUAACUUUAUGCAAUAACUAUGGAAGAUAUUGUUUUGUGGCAUCUUCAGUGAAGAUUUAUUUAUAAUAUAAUAUUGUGUGUCUAACAUAUUUCUCGAGGUAAUCCCAGUAAAAAAAAUGAUACAAAACAUACAUGUACAUAUAACAUAAUUCAAGGGGCUUCUGUUGCAGAUUUGUUAUGUUCACUGACUUGGAUCAGCUACCCACUUACUAUUGUGGAUGUGAAACACAGCAGGUCAUGAAGAUUUUCCUAUGAAGAAGUCAUCACACUGCCUGUCAGAAGGAAUGUGGUUGUACUCUAGUCUAGCACCCCAACAGUGCCUGCAAUAAUGCCUGAAGAAACACCAAGGGUCUUCAGCUGUAAAGUUGUAUGUUCUCUUAGCUUAGUAGGGAGAGCACUGAUCAGCUGAAUACAGGGUCAUGAGUUUGAUCCUCAGACAAGGAAUAUGUUCUUCGUGACAGUUGAUAAAAGACACUGUGCAUGAAAUUUGUCCCCCACCUCGGAUUCAUGUGAGAAGGUUGGAAGGCACUUGCAGAGAACAGGCAAGUACUGGUACAGAAUCUAGGAAAACUGAUUAGGUUAACUGCCCACCAUUACAUUAUGGCGCUAACCCCAAAGCAAACAGAUAUCAACUGAAAGAUCACCAUAUGUACUGGCGUUACUGAUAUGUUAGACACACAAUUCUGAUAAACAUCAUGAAAGCAUUUUAUCAUUAAAAUAUACCAUGGACAGUCUAUGUUGUAAAAUGCAAAAUUUACCAAUACAGAAAUGAUCUCUAUAAAGUAUAAAAUUCCAAAAUGAAAAUUCACUUGAUGAAAGGUUGUAAAAAACAUGAGCUUAAGAAGUGUUCAGUAACUUUGAAAGUAUGAAUAUCUCUAAAAGUCUUAUUUUGGAAUAAAAAGUUGAGUAAGAAUAUGAUAACAAAGGUAAAGCAAUUCUCUCCUGUUCUACUGACAAUAGUCCAUCACUUCAACUGGAAUUCAGAUUGGUGACCUUUUACACUGAUUCUGAUAAUAAUAAUCCGACAGCGAAUAUGCAGUAUGACAAUAAUGACCAAACUGUUAAAAGCGGGGAGCUCAAAAUUUUCAUUUGUAAGAUUUUUGUUUUGAUUAACUCUUCACAGCGCAUUUAGUCAUUAAAUUUCACUUUUUUGUGUAAAUUGUGGUGUGUUUUAACCAGAAAUUGUUUAAAUGUUUUAUUUUUAUGUAGUAGAUGACAGUAAUGGUGUCAUACUUGAUGUGAAAGAAAAUACUUCUUCUUUAAGUUAAAUGAUAUUUUAUACAAAUUCCUAAUUUUUUAUCCAACUGAACAAUAAUUUAAUAUGUCUAUUGUCUAUAAUGUGUGUGCAUGAUAUUUACAGUCCAAAUGCAUCUCUUGUUAUGAAAAUAUGUUAGGUUAUUGCAAUCCAGUGUCUAAAAUCUGUUGACUCCAAAGGUGAAAUAUUCCAGAGGUCACAAUGCUUUGCAUGUUUAUAUAUGUCAGGUUUAAUAUGAGAUGCACACAUUUUACUGGAAGUUGUCCAUGUAGAGCAUGCAUUGUGACAAUGAUCUGAUGUUAAAUAUUCCAACAGAAGCUGACUAUUUUGUUUGUUUCAGAGAUAAGUUACUUUAAAAAAGUAUGUAAACAAUAUGAAUGAAAAAAAUAAAGUAACACUGUAAAUACAAGAUUUAAGCGGAAGUUUGAGAGAUUUCCAUGUGGGUAUGAAAUACACGAUUGUUUCUUAAGAAGCCCACAGUCUCCAUACUUUGUAAACACGCCUUUCAGUCUCUGCACACCUAAGUAAACAUGCCCUUCAGUCUCCACACACUUCAAAUGGCCUGUGUUUUUCAUACCCUAAUGGAAACCUCUUAAAAUGCAAUUCAUUUCUUUACUGAAUAAUAUUUGAGGGAGCGAAGUAUUUUAAUGUGAUUAGGAUAGAAGUAUUAAUUAACAUUUUGUGUUUUAGUUGUAGAUUAUUUGAUGCAAUUCAAAGAUUGUUUUCUUCUCUAACACUGCCUUUUAUAAAUCUGUUAUGUAUACAUGUAAAAAAAUAAGCAUUUAUUUUGUAAAUAAACUAUUUUUGAGGACAAGGA